UUGUUAUGCUGAACCAGUAUCAUCAGUUUCAUUGCGUCGUAGAUCGUAGAGUUACUAAACAAAUUACAAGUGGUUUGAAUUAAUUAAAUAAAUGUGAUUUUUAAUUAUUUAUUUAAACAUAAAUUAUUUUGUAAUUCUGGUGAAUAUAAAAAAUAUAAAACAAAAGUAUUAAGAUUAUAUUUGCUGAUUAAGCACGGGUUAUCUUUUUAUUGUUCUUUGUGUUAUCACGACAAUAAUAAUAAUGGAUUUGAUCAAGAAAAAAUUUCUGGAGUGGCACGGAAAUGUAGAAAGAAAAAUUCCAUGUCACUUUUGUAGCAUUAAAUUAUCAGAUGAAAUUUAUUCAUGUCAUUUUGGUCAUGAUGUUUGUAGAAGGUGUAAAACUGACUCAUGUAUUGCUUGUAAAAUAUCAUCUUCAUUUUUUCGAAAUAAUGUCGCUGAAUUUUUGAUAGCAGAAUUAAAUAAGUUGAAGAAUGAUGUUGAGUCAUUGGACGAGUCAGCUUUUGAAAUCAAAAAAGCCGAAAAAAGUGCUAAAAAACUAAAUACAUGUACACAGACUAAAAUUGUACGUAAUCAUAAAAUCUGUAUGGUUACUGAAAAAGAUAUUAAAAAUUCAAUUGAAAAUAAAUCGUCACUAAAUGAAACAAAAGUUCAUGAAAAUAAACCGUUAGAUAAUGAAACAAAAGUUACUGAAGUCAAGUCAGAUGAUAAUUCAGCAAAUCAUUGGGGAUUUUAUCCAUGCUGGAUUGGGGAUUGCAAUUUUAAAGCAGCUUAUUCUCAUAUUCUUCAACAUUUAAAAGACAAUCAUGCUCAAAUGUUCACCGUGCAUCCAUUUAAAAAAUGGCCACAUAUGAUUAAUUGGAGCUUGAAUUAUGGUGGAGCUGAUAGCCGUGAGGAUAGAGCUUUUGAAAUUCAAGGCGUUGGAUUAUUUAAUCUUCACAUAUUUAUUAAUCAUGAUCAACACAUAAAGGCUCGUAUAUUUAUGUAUGAAAGCGGUAAAACUGCAGUUAAAUAUGGUUAUGAAAUAGAAAUUCAGUGUGAGGAUAAAAAGAAAUCGUUUGGUGCAGAGGUUGACAGUAGCCGUAUUCCACGUAAUUCACUUCAUGAUCGAAGCAAAGGAUUAUUUAUUAGUAGCCAAUCACUCUUGCACGAUGAAAUAAAACAAAACUUAAGGUACAAAUGCUCGGUUCAGAUUAAAAAACUCGAUGAAACUUCUGAUGAUAAAAGAAAUGUCAAUGCUGAUGUAGGAGAUAAGGCAACACCGAUAAAGCAGCUAGAACAUAAUCAGAGGAAAGAUUAUCAAAAACUCAAACCAUCGAACAGAAAACAAUUCAAACCAACACGAAAAAAUGCGAACAAUUUUAAAGAUAAAUCAAAUAUUCCAGAACUGCUAGACCUUAAGACAACAAAGCCAUCAGUUAAUCAGGUGCAAUCUACUCACAAUUAUCCACCAAGGGCAGCAGGAGUACAUCCACUGCAACCUCAACAACUCUACCCUAAUCUAAAACAAGAAUUUAAUUAUCAACAAAUGCAUCAGACUCCGCAGUAUCCACAAAUGGUAAAUAAUCAUUUCGGUACGAAUAUGCCACCGCCUUCUCUUUAUCCCCAUCCGCAAGUAAUUAAAGAUGAACAGGCUUAUCAACGAAGUGCAUCUCCGUUCGUUAAUCAUCACCCACAUAACAUGGGUAAUCAAUCUUUUGGUGUUCCUACUCAACCAUCGGCUCCUUCUAUUGACAUAGAAUCCCUUCACAUUUCCCGAAGUUCAAAUAAACCUGGAAAUUUUACUGCAGCUGAUUUAGAGAGACAAAAAUCAAUCCAACAGAAAAUUGAAGAACGUGAAAAAAUUCGUUUAAUAGAAUCAGGUGCUGAGGCAUUCGAUAUUAAUUAUGAUGAGGACAAGAAAAGGCAUAAUGGCAAGUCUAGAAAAGAUAGCUCUGAUUUCCGUCAGAAAAAGUCUAACGGCGAUUGUGUUGUGUGUUAAUUAAUUACUUUACUUUUUUUAUUCUUCUAGUAAUUAAUAUAAAUGCAUCUUAAUAAAUAAAUAUAUAUAUAUAUAUAUAUAUAUAUAUAUAUU